UUAAAUGCUUCCGGGGAUACAGCUCACAUCUGAGGAACAUUCGGUGCUUCUGUGACCAACACAGCCACCUAAACAGCAUUAUGCUCAGCAGUAAUAGUAGCGGACCUCGGUCCACGUCGUGUGUGUUGGGCGCUCUCCAUGUGCCCGCCAUUGACUAUUCACCUUAAGUGAUUAAUGUAUCAGAGCCGGCUGGGCGCAGGGGCUCACACCUGUAAUCCCAGCACUUUGGGAGGCCGAGGCAGGUGGAUCACCUGACGUCAGGAGUUUCAGACCAGACUGGCCAACAUAGUGGAACCCCAUCUCUACUAAAAACACAAAAAUCAGCCAGAUGUGGAGGCAUGUGUCUAUAAUCCCAGCUACUCAGGAGGCUGAGGCAGGAGAAUCACUUGAACCCAGGAGGCAGAGGUUUCAGUGGGACGAGGUCAUGGCCACUGCACUCCAGCCUCGGUGACGGAGCGAGAGUCUGUCUUAAAAAAAAAAAAAUUAAGAGACGUUAGCUAGGUGUGGUGGCUCAUGCCUGUAAUCCCAGCAUUUUGAAAGGCCAAGGCAGGUGGAUCACUUGAGGUCAGGAAUUCAAGACCAGCAUGGCACCAUGGUGAAAAUCCAUCUCUAAUCGAAAUACAAAGAUUAGCAGGGUGUGGUAGUGGGCAUCUGCAGUCCAAGGUACUUGGGAGACUGAGGCAUGAGAAUAGCUUGAACCCAAGAGGCAGAGGUUGCAGUGAGCAGAGAUCACGCCACUGCACUCUUGCCCGAGAGACAAAGCAAGACUGUCUCAAAACAAAAAGGAAGAGACAUAGCAUAAGAAAAUUGAGGGCUGGGCUCAUGCCUGUAAUCCCAGCACUUUUGGGAGGCUGAGGCAGGUAGAUCACCUGAAGUCAGGAGUUCGAGGCCAGCCUGGCCAACAUGGUGAAACUUCGUCUCUACUAAAAAUACAAAAAUUAGCCAGAUGUGAUGGUGGGUGCCUGUGAUCCCAGCUACUCAGGAGGUUGGAGCAGGAGAAUAUCCUGAAGCCGGGAGGCGGAGGUUGCAGUGAGCCAAGACUGCACCACUGCACUCCAGCCUGUCUCAAGAAAGAAAGAGAGAGAGACAGAGAGAGAGGAAAGGAGGGAAGAAAUAAAGAAAAAAGAAAAGAAAGAAAAGGAAAGAAAGAAAAUUGAGAAGCCCACAGCUGGCACUUGUUCUGGUUAAUCUGUAACUAAGUAGAUAUCACAUAUUUGCAUCUAGAUAGAUGUCUUUAGGUAUUACUGAUCUCAACCCAGACCCCAGGAGCAGGCUCUUGGGUCUCACACAAGAUAGAAUUCAGGACAAAUCACAGCAUGCUGUGAAGUUAAAAUAGCUUAUUAGAGACUAUUCUAUUACAGAGCAGGAUGUCCUCAGAAAGAAAGAGGAGGAACGCCCCCACCUCAAAUACAACACUUGCUUAUAUAGGAUAACAGAGCUAAGAAUGAUGGUUAUGUUUUUGUUUUUUGAGACACAGUCUCACUCUGUCAUCCAGGCUGAAGUGCAGUGGCACAAUCUCAGCUCAUCGCAGCCCCGACCUCCCAGGCUCAAGCAAUCCUCCCACCUCUGCCUCCAGAGUAGGUGAGAUCGUAGCUGUAGGUACGUGCCACCAUGCCAGGCUCAUUUUUGUAUUUUUUGUAGAAACAGGGUUUUGUCAUGUUGCCCAGGCUAGUCACAAACUCCUGGGCGCAAGCGAUCUGCCUGCCUCGGCCUCCCAAAGUGCUGGGAUUACAGGCCUGAGCCACCAUGCCGGGCCAAAUAAUAUUCUUACAUGCUUUAUUACAAAGGCUUGUGAUCAGCUUGUGACAGGUUAUUAGCAUGUUAUUCUUUUGUGUAACUAUUAAUUUCAGCAAGAAUUUAUGGAUAUGCUAUUACCUUUCAAGCAAAACCUAGUCUUUUUUUUUUUUUUUUGAUACGAAGUCUCACUCUGUUGUGGGAGCUGUGGCUCGAUCUCGGCUCACUGUAACCUCCACCUGCUGGGUUCAAGCGAUUUCCUGCCUCAGCCUCCCUAGUAGCUGGGACUACAGGCACCCGUCACCAUGCCUGGCUAAUUUUUUUGUAUUUUUUUUUUUUUUCGUUGAGACAGGGUUUCACUAUGUUGACCAGGCUGGUCUUGAACUCCUGACCUCAUGACCCACCCACCUUGGCCUCCCAAAGUGCUGGGAUUACAGGCGUGAGCCACCACGCUCAGCCCAAGCAAAACCUAUUCUUAAUCUCGCAGUGUGUUUUGUGCUUAAGGUAUCAGGACACCAAGACAUUUCUUGAAGUUCUUGGUCUUGUUUAGUGAGUAAGUACCAUUAACUUGUUCCCUCAGUGAUAAAUAUCUUGGGACCAAGAAUGUUCAACUUCCUGGGAAUGUAACUCAGAAGGUUUUUCUUACUUGGCCUUUAUUUAAGAUGGAGCCACCCUGGUUUGGACGUCUCUGGCUAGGUACUCUCUGCCUCCCUGGCAUCUGUGUGUGCCAUGACGUCUCUGGCUAGGUACUCUCUGCCUCCCUGGCAUCUGUGUGUGCCAUGACGUCUCUGGCUAGGUAUUCUCUGCCUCCCUGGCAUCUGUGUGUGCCAUGACGUCUCUGGCUAGGUAUUCUCUGCCUCCCUGGCAUCUGUGUGUGCCAUGAUGACUCUGGCUAGGUACUCUCUGCCUCCCUGGCAUCUAUGUGUGCCAUGACAUCUCUGGCUAGGUACUCUCUGCCUCCCUGGCAUCUAUGUGUGCCAUGACGUCUCUGGCACAGGUAUUCUCUGCCUCCCUGGCAUCUAUGUGUGCCAUGACGUCUCUGGCACAGGUAUUCUCUGCCUCCUUGGCAUCUGUGUGUGCCAUGAUGUCUCUGGCUAGGUAUUCUCUGCCUCCCUGGCAUCUGUGUGUGCCAUGAUGUCUCUGGCUAGGUACUCUCUGCCUCCCUGGCAUCUAUGUGUGCCAUGACGUCUCUGGCUAGGUAUUCUCUGCCUCCCUGGCAUCUAUGUGUGCCAUGACGUCUCUGGCACAGGUAUUCUCUGCCUCCCUGGCAUCUAUGUGUACCAUGACGUCUCUGGCACAGGUAUUCUCUGCCUCCCUGGCAUCUGUGUGUGCCAUGACGUCUCUGGCUAGGUACUCUCUGCCUCCCUGGCAUCUGUGUGUGCCAGGACGUCUCUGGCACAGGUAUUCUCUGCCUCCCUGGCAUCUAUGUGUGCCAUGAUGUCUCUGGCACAGGUAUUCUCUGCCUCCCUGGCAGCCAUAUGUGCUAUGAUGUAUUGAUGCAGGGCAGGAUCUUGGCUUUCCUUGGGAAAGAAUCCAAGAGCGAGCCAGUAGCAGAAGAAAACAGCUUUGGCCGGGCACAGUGGCUCACACCUGUAAUCUCAGCACUUAUGAGAAGCUGAGGUGGGAGGAGUGCUUGAGCCCAUGAGUUCAUGACCAGCCUGGGCAACAUAGUGAGACCCUAUCUUUACAGAAAACAAAAAAAAAAAAGAAGAAAACAGCUGUAUUGAGGUGGCUGUGUUACAGCUCUGUGACUUCCCACAGAGCAGAGAUACCCUGUAAGCAGCUCAGGGGCAGUUUUUGCAGGGUUUUUUAUUUAAACCCACUGUAAUGACAUGCUAAUUAAGGGGUGAGUUAUUGAGAAAUUUUGGCAGGGUGAGGUAGCUCACGUCUGUAAUCCCAGCACUUUGGGAGGCUGAGGUGGGUGGAUCACCUGAGGUUCGGAGUUCGAGACCAGCCUGGCCAACAUGGUGAAACCUCAUCUCUACUAAAAAUACAAAAAUUAGCCAGGCGUGGUGGUAAGUGCCUAUAGUUCCAGCUAUGCGGGAGACUGAGACACAAGAAUCACCUGAACCUGGGAGGCAGAGGUUGCAGUGAACCAAGAUCAUGCCACUGUACUUCAGCCUGGGCAACACAGCAAGACUGUCCCCAAAAAAAAUAUUUUUAAAUUUCUUAAAAGAGCAGCCAGGUCUCCAGAGUGAUAUUUACCCGGCGUUGCACCAAAGAACUUUAAUGUAUCAUCCUCACUUAUUUCUCUGAACCCUAGAAAGCAGGUGCUGUUAUCAGCUCCAUUUAACUUCCUAGUUUGAGUUACACAGCCUUGGCCCUGCUGCCAUGAAACUCACAGCCUGGGGCCGGGCGCGGUGGCUCAAGCCUGUAAUCCCAGCACUUUGGGAGGCCGAGGCGGGUGGAUCACGAGGUCAAGCGAUCGAGACCACCCUGGUCAACAUGGUGAAACCCCGUCUCUACUAAAAUUACAAAAAAUCAGCUGGGCAUGGUGGCGCGUGCCUGUAGUCCCAGCUACUCAGGAGGCUGAGGCAGGAGAAUCACUUGAACCCAGGAGUUGGAGGUUGCAGUGAGAUGAGAUUGGCCACUGUACUCCAGCCUGGAGAGCAAGACUCUUUCUCAAAAAAAAAAGAAAAGAAAAGAAAGAAUGAACCAGAGAUGUGGAAGGAGAGAAAGAAGGAAAACAACCAUGGUGAGGCACCACUACACCCCAGGUAGGUGCGGGCACGGUGCGGACGGUGGGGAAAUGAGAGGGGUCGUGCUUCUCUGAGGCAGGGCUGUGGGAAGGACUGGCAAGCCUAUGUUUCCAGGCUUUUCUUUUCCAGCUCUUUCAUGCGUAUCCUCAGAGUACAGAAGAUGAAAGCUUUGCCCUGACAAAACCGCCAGCCCCAUUCUCUAUCUCUCACCACAGUGGCGCCAUAAAGAGGGCAGGACAUGAGUUACACAGCCUUGGACCAGCUGCCGUGAAACUUACAGCCUGAUGGAGUCUCGCUCUGUCGCCCAGGCUGGAGUGCAGAGGCCGGAUCUCCUCUCGUGCACACCUAGGGAACCAGAGAGCGUCAGUCUCCAGACUGAGCGUCCGGAGAGACAUGCGCAGAUUGGGGCCCCCGCGCCCGGAGGCACCCGGCUCCCAACUCGCCUCCUCGCCAGUCACUCGUCUGGAGCUUAAAGAAGCGGGUAUUGGAACGAUCCAAGAUGGCCGAUCGCUAACAUCCCGGGAUUGCAGCUCUCAGGGAAGGCGCGGAGAACUAGAGGACGCCACACUUUCAGACAAAGUCUGGUCGCUCACGGAGCAGAAGAUCCCCCAGUGGUGGAAACACACGGGUCGCCAGCGCGACUCUCGUGGUAGGUGCAGCGGUUCCGCCGGCACCUCGGCGCGGCAGCUCUCGGAGCAGAGUAAACGGGACCGCUUCCCCUUCUGACCGAGGUUUGGAGCCCCGGGAAGGCAGAGUCGCCUACUACGGAAACAAGAAGGAAGCCCGACAGGAGAAUCCUGGGCAGAAAAGCACCAUCAGUUUUAACGCCGCUGCUCUGGCCCUGGGAACUAACAACCUGGACGUCCACUCAAGAGACCUAAUCUGAAAGUUGGUAAUUUCAAAGACGAGAGGAGGAUAAAUUUACAAUGACGGGAAGAAACCAGCGUAAAAAAGCUGAGAAUACUCAAAGUCAGAACGCCUCUCCCUCUAAAGAUGAUCACAGUUCCACAUCAACAAUGGAACAAGGCUUGAUGGAGAACGAGCGCCUCCUGAUGACAGAAUCACUCUUCAAGGAAUGGAUAAUAACAAACUUCGAAGCGGGUAUUCCCCCUUCCCAGGACGCGGACAGAGCCGCCCCGCGGGGAUUCCAGGACCCGAGCUCCCGGAUCUGGACUCGCAGCAGCUGCGGCAGAGCGAGCGCGCCGGGGAGCGUGGAGGCGGUGCCCCCGCCGGGGCCCAGAUGCCCAGAGUAGCUGGCACGGCCAGAGCCAUGGCCGCCGCGUGGCCGCUGCUGCUGCUGGCUCUGCUGGUGCUGUCCCAGUCACGCCCGGGAACCGGAGACAUCGUCCUGAAGGCGCCCACCCAGGUGCACGGCUUCUUGGGCGACUCCGUGACGCUGCCCUGCUACCUGCAGCUGCCCAGCACGGAGGUGACGCACGUGUCGCAGCUGACUUGGACGCGGCUCAGUGACUCACGCAGCGUGGCCGUCUUCCACCAUACUCAGGGCCCCAACUACCCGGAGUCCGAACGGCGGGAAUUCGUGGCCGCCAGACUAGGGGCGGAACUGCGGGAUGCCUCGCUGAGGGUGUUCGAGCUGCGCGCCGAGGAUGAAGGCAACUACACCUGCCUGUUCGUCAUGUUCCCUCAGGGCAGCAGGAGCGCGGUUACCUGGCUCCGAGUGUUCGCCAAGCCCCAGAACACAGCUGAGGCUCAGAAGGUCCAGCUCACCGGAGAGCCUGUGCCCGUGGCCCGAUGUGUCUCCACAGGGAGUCGCCCGCCUGCCCGAAUCACCUGGCACUCAGACCUGGGUGGGAUGGCCAAUAUGAGCCAGGAGCCAGGGCUCCUGUCUGGCACAGUCACUGUCACCAGCCUCUGGAUUUUGGUGCCCUCAAGCCAGGUGGAUGGCAAGAAUGUGACCUGCAAAGUGGAGCAGGAGAGCUUCCAGACGCCUCAGCUGCUGACUGUAAACCUCACCGUGUACUAUCCCCCAGAGGUAUCCAUUUCUGGCUAUGAUGGCAACUGGUACCUCGGCCAGACUGAGGCCAGCCUGACCUGCGAUGCUCGCAGCAACCCAGAGCCCACAGGCUAUGAGUGGAGCACGACCAUGGGUCCUCUGCCACCCUCUGCUAUGGCCCAGGGCGCCCAGCUCCUCAUCCAUCCUGUGGACAAGUCAAUCAACACGACUUUCAUCUGCAACGUCACCAGUGCCCUAGGAGCUCGCCAGGCAGAGCUGACUGUCCAGGUCAAAGAGGGACCUCCCAGUGAACCCCCAGGCAUGUCCAGGAACAACAUCCUCUUCCUGAUUCUGGGACUCCUGGGGGUUUUUCUGGCCCUGCUGGGGGUUCGGCUUUAUUUCUGUCGGUCCAGAUGUUCCCGUCCGACAGCUGCCAGCACCUCGGUUAAUAGGCCCGUCUCCUAUGCGCCUGUGGCCAACUCUUUCGAGGAUCCACAGACAAAGGGCACAAGGUGACAGCGUCGGGUCUGAGCGGGGAGAGAGACUGGAGCUGACAAGGACAUGGGCCUCCAGAGUUAGACCCCACCCCAACGGAUGAAGACCCCUCCAAAGAGACCAGCCUCCUUCCCAUGCCAGACCUCAAAACGAGGUGGUAGGUGCACGUUCAGAGGUCUCCAAGACCACCCUGAGCUCAUUUGCUAGAAGGACUCACUGGACUCAGGAAAGCUGUUAAGCUCCCAGUUACAGUUUAUUACAGCAAAAGGACAGAGAUCGAAAUCAGCAAAGCAAGGUGCUGCCCAGCACACGUUCCGGGAGAGACGAGCCGACAGCUUCCAGCCGUCCCCUCCCAGUGGAGCCGUGUAGGCAGCACCUGAUUCUCACAGCAACGACAUGCGACAACACGCAAGAAGUACUGCGAACCAGAGCAGUUCACUCGAGACCUUCGUGCCCAGAGUUUUUUCUCUGUUGGUCUUGAGGCAGGGUCUGGCUCUGUUGCCAGACUGGAGUGCAGUGGUGAGAUCACAGCUCAUUGCAGCCUUGACCUCUGAGGUCCAAGUCAUCCUCCCACCUCAGCCUCCUGAGUAGCUAGGACCACAGGCAUGUGCCACCAUGCGUGGCUAAUCUUUUUAUUAUUUGUAGAGUCCCUAUGUUGUCCAGGCUGGUCUCAAACUCUUGGCCUCAAGUGUUAUUUCUGCCUCAGCCUCCCAAAGUGCUGAAUUAAACAGCUCGCCAUCCACGUGGCUGACCUCAUGCAUCAAGCCAAUACCAUGUGGCGCCAGGCCCCCCCACCACAAAUCACAGCAUUAGCAUGAUCAGCUCAGAUGGGCUAUCAGGCAGGGUAUUCCAGGAACUAAGAGAUGAAUGCCCAGCAGCUGAGAAUAAAGGGCCCGGUCUUUCUUUGGGCAAGGCUGAGCCUUUACUGCGUAGUGGACCACACAGAAGGGUGUGGCCCCCAGAGAAUCUGGGUAAAAAUCUGGCCUCUGGCCUUAAGCUUCUAAGUCUCUGUAUCUGUCAGAUCUCUGUGGUUACAAGAAACAGCCACUGACCCUGGUCACCAGAGGCUGCAACUCAGACCACAAGCAGCUGCCUGGGGGUUGUCCAAGGAGCAGAGACAUGAACUUGGAGAAGGUUGUCAGCGCAGCCACUUCCUGCCAGCAUCUGCAGCCAGCAAGCUGGGGCUGGCAGGAAAUAACCCACAAAAGAAGCAAAUGCUAUUUCCAGCACAAGGGGGAGGAAUGCAGGGAGAGGCGGUGUUGCGGUCACUCAGGACACUCUCCUUUAGGGCCAAGAUGGAGGAGACCCAAGACCCAGGAAGCUGAGCUCAGAUGCAACUGACAAAUUUACUUUAUAAAGGUCUACAAUCGGCCAAGUGCGGUGGCUCACACCUAUAAUCCCAGCACUUUGGGAGGCCAAGAUGGGUGGAUCACAAGGUCAGGAGUUCAAGACCAGCCUGGCCAACAUGGUGAAACCCCAUCUCUAAUAAAAUACAGAAAUUAGCUGUGCGUGGUGGCAUGCAUCUGUAAUCCCAGCUACUCAGAGGCUGAAACAGGAGAAUGGCUUGAACCCGGGAGGUGGAGAUUACAGUGAGCUGAGAUCGCGCCACUGCACUCCAACCUGGGUGACAAAGCAAGACUUCAUCUCAAAAAAAAAAAAAAAAAAAAAGAUUCUAUGAUCAUGAGGGCAGGCACCAGAAUUCCUCUUAUAAAGAAAACUGUCUAGGAAAAUAGCAUGAGGGAGAGAAGACCUUGGGCCAAGAUGCUAAAUGGGAAAGCAAAGCUUGAGCUGCUCUGGGAGAGAAAAUAAACGGGACAUAGGAUUUGCUCUGGACAGAGAUGGAGGAGUGGGGAACAGGGAAGUGUGGAGAAGAGACCAGAACUGGCAGAAUGGCGGGGGCAAGGGAUUCAAGGGGUGACGAGGCCAAUAGGACCUUACAGAGUUGAGGAGACAAAGGAGCAUUGGUUGCUUUGGUGGCACAUAAGAUCCUCGUCCGUCUCCAGCCUCCAGAACCUCAUUAAAGCUUAUUUAUUGCACCUGCACUGGCUGUGUGCAAUGGGAUCUCCUGUGGAAAUCAAGGCGGAGACAGGUUUCAGGUGUACUGUUGCCACGUGGGAUGGAACCAGGGGUGUGGAAGCAAGACGUUAAAUGAAGGAGGCCAUUAGGGCUGCGAUUCCCAGGCACCUUAGGAACCGCUUGCUUGUCUUUCUUUUUUUUUUUUCCUCUCUCCAAAAAAAAUUUUGAAGAGACAGUGUCUACUGUCACUCAGGCUGGAGUACAGAGGUACUACCCUAGCUCAUUGCAGCCCCUGUAACUCCAGGGCUCAAGCAAUCCUCCCACCUCAGCCUCCCAAGUAGCUGGACAACAGGCACACCUCACCAGGCCAAGCCAAUUUUUUAAAUUAGAUAGUACCUCAGUUUCCCAAAUUAGAAGUUACAAAAAGACAGGGAUCCAUGCUUAGUUAAUGUGUGUUUAGAGGAGUGAUCCAGCUCUUCUUUUGCACGUGGACAUCCAGUUUCACAACACUAUGAAUGCAAUGAAUCACACUGAAUCACACACUCAAAAGUAGCUAAAAUGGCAAAUUUUCUGUUAUCUCUUUUUAACCACAAAUUUUGAAAAUUAAUUAUAUUAUGUACCAAAAACACCACUGAAUAGUACCCUUUAUUUAUUUAUUUAUUUAGUUAGUUAGUUAGUUAUUUUAGAAACAGAGUCUUGCUUUGUUGAUCAGGCUGGAGUGCAGUGGCCUGAUCAUGGCUCCUUGCAGCCUCCACCUGCUGGGCUCAUGUGAGCCUCCUGCCUCAGCCUCCCGAGGUGGGUACCACCCCACCUGGCUAAAUUUUUUUUUUUUUUUUUAGAAAUGGGCAUCUCAUUGUAUUGCCCAGGCUGGUCUGGAACCCCUAGGUUCAAGUGCUCCUCCUGCCUCGGCCUCCCAAAGUGCUGGGAUCACAGACAUGAGCCACUGCACCCAGCCCUGGACCUUACUUUUGCUGCUCACAGUUUCUGGUGACUCACAGAAUGCCUCCUUAGUUAUUCUACCUCAUAUUCAGCCUCAUAUUGCAGCCUCCACCUGCUGGGCUCAUGUGAGCCUCCUGUCUCAGCCUCCCGAGGUGGGCACCACCCCACUUGGCUAAAUUUUUUUAGCCGGGGAUAUACAGGUUUUUUAACCAGGCCCCAAAAGACAGGCAUUUGUAUCAUUUCCAGCCUUUUACUAUUACAGUGUUGUAGUGAAUAACUUUACACACUGUCGUGUAUUUUAUUUAUUUUAUUUUAAUUUAGAGACAGGGAUCUUGCCAUCUUGCCCAGGCUGGUCUCAAACUCCCAGGCUUAAGCAAUCCUCCCGCCUCAGCCUCCUGAAGUACUGGCAUUAUAGGCAUGAGCCACCGUGCCUGGCCAAGGCACACUGUCAUUGAGCUCAUGUUGACACCUGAGUGUAGGACACACUCCUGGAAGUGGAAUUGCUGGGCCAAAGAGUAUGUUUCUUGUCAUUGUGAUUAAUAUUGACAAAUGAACCCUCACAGAAUUCAUGCUGAGCUCUGUUCCCACCAGCGUGUAGAUGGUGACCUUUAUCUGGAGGGAUGGGGCAUCCUUGGAGUCCGCAGAGCUAGGAAUGGAGAGAGGACCCAGAAUUUUGGUAUAGGUCUUAUAUAAAGUUAUAAGUUUAAGAAAACAGCCGGGCACGGUGGCUCAGGCCUGUAAUCCCAGCACUUUGGGAGGUUGCAGCGGGGGGAUCAUUUGAGGUCAGGAGUUCAAGACCAGCCUGGCCAACAUGGUGAAACCCCAUCUCUCCAAAAAGUUAGCCAAUCACGGUGGUGCAUGCCUGUAAUCCCAGCUACUCAGGAGGCUGAGGUGGGAGAAUCAUUUCAACCCGGGAGGCAGAGGCUGCAGUGAGCCAUGAUCAGGCACUGCACUCCAGCCUGGGUGACAAGAGCGAGACCCUGUCUCAAAAAAAAAAAAGAAAAGAAAAAAAAAGAAUUGGUCUACUCUGGGCACGGCUCCACUUCUCUGCUGUUUGUUCAGCUCUCCUCCACAUACGGGCAUCACCCUCUGGUGCCAAGAUGGCUGAUGCAUUCCGGGCAUCACAUCCAGACUCAGACCCAGAGAAGCUGCCCAUCCCUACCUGGGUGAGCCUCCAUGGGAACGAGAAACCUCACCCAGCAGCGUCUUUUCCGGUCUCAUUCACCAGCGCCUCCCACCGCUCAACCAAUCCCUGGCCAAAAGAAUGGGACCGCCUGGGAAGCUGGACCAAUCAGGACCUGCCCUCUGGGGCUGGGGAGAGGCCCGGAUGAAGGCUGCAGGGCCGCCUAGACCUCUGUUACUAGCAGUGCCUACCUCUGAGUAGUUGGAAGAUGUCUGGGUUUAUUCUCUUUUAAGUACUGCCUAAAUAUUCUAUAAUAAACUUUGACUCUUAUUUUAAUAAUGCAAAA